AUGGCUAACAUACAGCUCGCCCAACUCUACAAAGAUCUCCAACAAUCGUUCAAUGCGCGCCCUUGCGAUCUCAGGAAAUGCGGUAUCCUGCUUGCGCAACUCAAGAUUGGUCUGGUAGAAACAGGACUACUCAUCCCUCAUGGAGAUGUCAAUCUAGAUGACCUGGUCGUUGCUCGUGAUAUUCUAGAGAUUGGCGCAUUUUGGAGCAUACGGUCGAAGGACAUUCCCUCGUUCGACCGCUAUUUCUCCCAGCUCCUAACAUUCUACAAUGACUACAGGUCAGUGCCAUUCCCUCGCUCUUCAGCUAUUCCUGACCAGGUCUCCGCACGCGGUAUCACGUACCCGCUGCACAGCUCGCAGCUCCCUCCAUCCCCCCGCGAGUACCCCAUCCGCGGACUGAACCUCAUCCGUCUCCUCACGCAGAACCGCAUUGCUGACUUUCAUACAACGCUCGAGUCGCUGCCCCUCCCUGCGGACUCGCUCACGCAGAACCCGUACAUCCGCCACCCGGUGAACCUCGAGCGCUGGCUCAUGGAAGGCAGCUACAGCAAGGUGUGGAACGCGCGCGAGGAGGCGCCCGCGGAGGAAUAUAAAUUUUUCGUCGACAGCCUGAUGGGCACUAUCCGGAAUGAAAUUGCGAGUUGCGAAGAGGCGGCGUAUGAGAGCUUACCGCUGAAGGAUGCUGCAACACUUCUCUUUUUCCCAAGUCAGUCGGAGUUGUUCGCCUUCGCACAACAGCGGGGCUGGGAAGUGAGCUUGUCAACAGGGAUAAUCACGUUCAAGAAGAAGGGCGAGGAGAAGUUCGAGAUACCCAAAGAAAAGCUCAUCACAGCAGACCUAGCAUAUGCGCGCGAGCUAGAGCAGAUCGUAUAG